AUGGACGUCAGGGGGGGAAAAGGAAAGGGGAAGGAGACGGAGGGAACGAAGACCCCUAAGGGUGUUGGGAAGCGGCAGGGACCUAGGAAGGCUGGAUCCUCGCGGUCCUGGUCGGAGGUGGCUAGGGGCUCGGCCCGACCAUCAAUGUGGACCACCCAUGAGAUCCUAGCUGAAGAGUUAGAGGAGGUCCAGAGGAGGUUCCCGAAGGUACUGGAGUUGACGCCGGAGUGGGUGGAAAUGGAGAGGGAGGCCUGGAGCUCCACGGCGGUGAUUGCGAGGAGUUUGGGGCGGCGAGUUCCGGCGGAGUGGGCUGCCCGGGAGAUGAAAGCACGAGGGAAGUUGGAGUACGAGGUCGAAGCUUUCCCUAUGGCCUCCGGGUACUUCGCUCUACGCUUCCGAAAUGUGGAGGACAGGGAGGCGAUGCUGGUAAGAGGUCCGUGGAUUAUCGCUGGACAGUUAUUGGCGGUGGAGAGGUGGCAACCGGAUUUUGUUCCCGGAAGGAAGGAGGUCAAUAGGGUGGUGGUUUGGCUUCGCCUCUCAGGGUUGCCACUCGAGUACUGGCGUAAGGAAUCCAUCUGGAAGAUUGCUACAGAGGCCGGCGUCCCAAUCGAAGCUGACGGUUUCACGGAGGAUCGCCGUCGUAUGGGGUAUGCGAGGGUCAAGGUGGAGGUGAAUGCCAGCUUACCGGUGCGGCCGGGGGUGUUUAUCAGGGGGAAGGAAGGGAAGCUUUGGAGGGAAUGGGUGCCGGUCUGCUACCCCGGAGUCGGCUACCGGGAGUGGGGGGUCCGGGGCCAAAGCGACUGUGGAAGAAAAACCCGAUCAUGA